AUGGCAUUAGCAAUUUUGCUCAUAAUGAUUUUUUUUGGGUUUGGAUAUCGCCAUGUAAACAUAAUGUGGAUCUUAAAGCGCCUACUGCGAGUCACGUGCCAUUUGGGAGAGACGGAGCGUGUAAUAGACAACACAGUCAUGAAGACGGUUUUUGAAUUCAAGCUCGCUGGCUCGAGAAGAAAGCCAGAUGAGUUUGAUGUACACAAAUUAGGUCGGAUGACCUUAAAGUGCCUGCCGCGAGUCACGACAUUGCCCGCGAGUCAAGGUCCUGGAAGUGCUUGGGACUCUGUUCAUCUCUGCGAGUCGCGACUGAUUCCAUGA